UGUUGGCAGCUCCAGAGCUUGAAAAUUAUUGAUGGAAUGAAUAGCUAAGAAAAGAGAAAGGUAAAAUCUUCAAGAGCAAGUGGGGGCGGCAAUGAGACGCCAUGGAUGGCAGCUCCCUCUCCAUCCUCUUCAGAUGGUGGGCGUGGUGGUCUUCAGUUUCCUUGUCAUUUGCUUCUAUGUGUUCCUCGGACCAUUUCUCGGUAAUCGGAUCGUCAUCAACACAGUCCUCACCCUCUUCUCAUUCAUAGCAUUCUCAGCUGCCCUUCUGUUUGUGCGCUGCACUGCAAUUGACCCAUCCGACAGGACAUACAGGGACAAGAAGAGGAAAGCGGGCAAGAAUGGAGGGAUGUGUCGCUCCAGGAAGCUGAAUUAUAAGUUUAUUAUUUAUCAGAUAGCAGUGAGGUUUAUUCGGAAGAUGGAGUACUGGAUCCUCAGGAGUUGCAUAAGGAGAAGGUAUUUAGAUCCGUGGAGAGCGGCUGCUCCUCCUAUUGAACCACUGCUUCCUUUCCCCCUCGUCAGUACUGACGAUGCAAUUGCGCCUCACCUCAAGGACAAUGACAUCUCUUUUUGUCUCCUGUGUGAUUUUGAGGUAAAAUUGCACAGCAAGCACUGCAGGAGCUGUGAUCGGUGUGUUGAUGGAUUCGAUCACCAUUGCAGGUGGUUGAACAACUGCAUUGGAAAGAGAAACUACACCACCUUCAUCCUUCUCCUUGUUUUCAUCUUGCUUAUGCUUGUUAUUGAAGGGGGAACUGCAAUUGCCAUCUUCGUCCGCUGCUUUGCGGACCGAGAAGGAAUUGCAUCUGAAAUCAAACAGAAUCUGCACACAAAGAUGCCAAGAGGCGUUCUUAUAGCAAUAUCAGUAUUGUUGGCAAUGUUGACGGCAUAUACCUGCGCAGCACUUGGACAGCUUUUCUUUUUUCAUGUCGUUCUCAUCAGAAAGGGAAUGAGGACAUAUGACUACAUACUUGCAAUGCGAGAAGAAAGCCAAUCCUUUGAUCCAUUUGAUGACCUGGAUCUGUCUUCUUCUGAUGAUGAAAGUGUCGACCUUGACUUGCCAGAAAAGCCCAGCUUCUUCUCUAGAUUUCUAUGUGUGAGAAGAGAAAAAGAUCCUAUCACUCGGAGGCUGUCAAUUAAAAUAGAUUCCAAUCCUCCACCAAACACACAUAAGAAAACUCGCAUAGACCCUUGGAGAUUGAUAAUGAUGAGCAAAGAGAAGGCAGUGAUAGCUGUAGAAAGAGCUAGAGAGACCAUCAUCAGACAGAAAACAACAGCAGCACCACCUGGGGGACUUUCAUUGUCACCAAUGAAACCAAUACCAUCAGAAGCUAAAGGACCUCUGAUGACAAACAAGGCAGAAAGAAAAAAUACAGCUGCAGCAAGUGAGAUGACACCGGUGGUGGUGGCGCAGAAAUGUUGGUUCCCAGGAUCACCGAGGGGCUGGUUCUCGAGCCCAAGGAGAAGGUUUUCAGGUUCUCCAUCACCUAAGCAACAAAAGUAUAAAAACAACUUUGACCUGAAGCUAACAGAAGUGUCAAGGGAACUUGAGACUUACAUCUCCAAGCAGGUUCUAUGUUCUGUUCUGCAGAAGGGGAAGGAAGAUGAGGCUUCUCCUCCCAGAUAAUACAUAGGCUAUUUAAAUAUUUAUUUUUAACGUAUAGCUGCUGGUUUUCCUCCUCCUUUCUUAGCCUUAUGAUUCUUUGCUCAGCUAGUCAUGUUCAUUCUGUUUUGCCGCUAUUCUCAGCCUCUGGGAAGGUGCUGCUGGUCUGUUCAGUUCUCAUUCUUCAUUUUCUUGUAGCCUUCAAAGUUUUAAAAUUAGCAUGCAUGAAUAUCUUAUUAA